AUCGACCUGCAAAGUUGCGACAUCGUACGAAUUGAAAACAUGCAUUGAGUUAUCGCAUUAUUAAUUGCAAUAGUAGUCUUGCAAUUAAGACUCAUUCAAACCAUCUCAAUAGAUACGGCAAGAUGGAAGAAGAGACACCAACCUACCCAUCCUUCGCGCCCUGGGACAUCACACCGACCACCUUCACACAACUCCUCAGCCUCUACCCAGCGACUCUGAAAGAAAGCUACAAACGCAAACUCGUCGCAGUAGCAGCCCGAAAACAUCGAAAACAUCCUGAGCGUCUGAACAGGGAAGAUCCUGUCUUUGAUCGGCAGACGAGUGAAUAUGUCAAGCUUGAUGAGUGGAGAUAUUCGACUUUACCGCGGGUAUUGAGGGAGAGGGAAGAAGGGAAAAAAGAUAUUAAGGAAAAGAAGAAAGAUGCUAUGCAUUUGAAGCAGGAAGAGAGUUAUGAUUCGUUGUUUAUGCAUAAGGAGGAACUUGUGCAGUUGAUGGAAUGGAAGCUAAAACACGGCCGCUACCGUCCCGCCCUCGCAGGAAUGAUUAAAACCAACAAACCCGACGUCGUCCGCAAAACAACCUGCGAAGCCUUCAAGGCUUUUCUCGACAGACCACCUAUCCGCGAAACUCUAGACGAAACAUUCCCCAAGAAAAGUCAAGACAUCCUAAUGAAACCCCUCCGUGCCGUGGGCACAGCAACAGCUUCAUUAAUCCUUGCAGUCGCUACAGAAGGGAAGAAAAACGAAAUCCCGUUUUACAGUGAUGAUAUGUAUUGGUGGUUAUGUCUUGAUCUAUUCCCGGGGUCGGAGAAGAAUCGGUAUAAUUAUAAGAAGGCGACUAAGAGGACGAGGGAUGAUGGACGGUUGGACGUGAAGUAUAAUAUGGAGGAGUACCGGGAGUUGUAUGAGGAGGUCUUUAAGUUGAGGGAUCGGUUGAAUAAUGACGACAGCAACAGACAGUUUAGUUGUGCAGAUGUUGAACGGGUUGCCUACGUUUUGAGGAAUUUCGAUGUUUCGGGAUUCCCGAAUGCGGCUGAGAUUUUGCUGCAGUAUCAGGUCACUGUGGAUGAGGCUAGGAAGGAGUUUGAGCAGAAUAAACGAGGGAAGAAGAAGAGUCGUGACGAUGAUGAGUCUGAGGAGGAAUUCAUCCUUGGUGUUGAGCCGUCAGAAAGCAAGAAACGAAAGGCAGGAUUUGGGGAGACUGGGAGGGGGAAGAAGAAGAAGAAGAUUUAAAGCUUCCCUUUUUUUUCCCCUUCCAUUGAGCAUAUUUCUAUCAAGCAAGUUUAUCGGUGCAUCUCUCUGUCAUGUCGAUGUCGACUUGGCCUUUUCAUACCACGGAUCAGAUUUAUAAGAACCUUUGUAUCGAAUACAACAUCCACAUUCUGUUGUACAAUGUCCAUAGACGCGUGUCUUCCUUUCUGAUUGUAUUGAUCCCAAUAUAAUAGAUUCAUACUUUGUAAUCGCUUUCACCGGCUUCUUGCAACAUCCGUAAUU